GUGCCAGGUGGUCGCGUUGCAGUGUGUCACGACAAUCCAAGCAAUAUGGUACAACUUACUUCGGGCAUUUGCAGCAGACUCAGCGAGGCGACCCCGGCAGAGAUCGAUGAGAUUGGCGGGGGAUACACCGUCCAGCUGGUCUCAAUCAAGAAAGUCGCCGCGACCUCGGCCGCAGCUCCUGCCAUUGACCGUUACCGAAUCAUCAUGUCGGACGGCGUUCACUUCAUCCAGGCAAUGCUCGCAACGCAGUUGAAUGAGCUGGUUGCUAACGAAGAGAUCGUCAAAAACACUGUCGUUAUUAUCGACAGGCUGACCUGCAACGUCCUUGGGGACAAGAGGCUUAUCAUUGUCCUCGACCUCCAUGUCGUGUCCAGGGACGAAGAGAAAAUUGGUAACCCAACUGCUGCACCAUCUCUAGCUCAGCCGCAAGCCGCUUCUGAGGCGGGAACCGCUGUGUCCGCACCAGCCCACCAGGCUUCGCAUUCUGCUGUAAAUGAACCUAGGCCCGUUCAACCUGGUCCUGCAACAAGCAACAGACCAGGGAGAUCCAUAUUUCCCAUAGAGGGUCUUAGCCCCUAUCAAAACAACUGGACCAUCAAGGCCCGUGUCACACAGAAAACCGAAAUCCGGACCUGGGUCAAUCAACGUGGAGAAGGAAAACUAUUCGGCGUCACUUUAAUGGACGAGUCUGGUGAAAUCCGUGCGACCGCUUUCAAUGCAGUCGUGGACAUGCUUUACAACAAGUUGGAAGAAGGAAAAGUAUACUACAUCUCCAAAGCCCGUGUCAAUUUGGCGAAGAAGAAAUUCUCUAACGUCCAAAACGAAUACGAACUAAACCUCGAAAGGAACACAGAGGUGGAGGAGUGUCUGGAACCAAGCAGCGUACCCACGGUCAAGUAUAACUUUAUCCCCCUUGCCCAGCUAGAACAAUUGCCGACGGAUUCCAUUUGUGAUGUCAUUUGUGUAGUGAAGGAGGUAGGCAAAUUGGAGGAGUUGACGUCCAAAACCAACCGAACGUUCAUAAAGCGCGAUCUGAUUGUCGUCGACAAGUCUCAAUAUGCUGUUAAGCUUACUCUGUGGGGAAAGCAGGCGGAAACUUUCGCAGCGGAUGACCUUCCUGUCAUCGCGUUCAAGGGUGUCAAGGUCGGAGACUUCGGAGGCAAGUCGUUGUCGAUGCUAAGUUCCAGCGUCAUGACCAUCUCUCCGGACAUCGAAGAGGCCCACCUCUUACGCGGAUGGUAUGAUGGAAUUGGAGCAGAGAAGACAUUCCAAUCAUACUCUAAUAUGUCGUCUGGGGGCGGUUCCUCUAUGGGCUUCAACCGUAAAGAAAUACGGUCCCUGGUCGACAUUAAAAAGUCCCAAAUCGCUGACAAGGCGGAGUUCUUCUCAACUCGAGCUACGGUAAUGCAUGUGAAGAGCGAGAAUAUCGCGUAUCCUGCCUGUCCAAGUUGCGGCAAGAAGGUAACUGAGGUGAAUGAACGCUGGAGCUGCGAAAAGUGUGAUAAAACCCACGAGCGACCUGAAUACCGGUACAUACUCUCGAUGGCCGUGUCUGAUUGGUCAGGACAAGCGUGGUUGCAGGGCUUUAACGACGCAGGAUUGGCCGUUCUUGAAAAGACUGCAGAUGAAAUCAUGGAAAUGAAGGAACGGGACGAAUCCGAAUAUAACGCAUACAUAGCACAAGUCACGGGAAAGACUUACAACUUCAGCUGUCGUGCCAAGCUAGAUACUUAUAAUGAUCAAACCCGGGUGAGAUAUGGCAUCGCGAAAGUCAGCCCACUGGACCACUACGAAGAAGCAAAAUAUCUUCGUGAUCUCCUUCUGACGUCUCCUUGGGGCCAAGGUGCUUAAAAUGUAGCGUGUUUGCUCUGAUGUAAAUUAGUAGUUGCGAUUUUCUUGAAUCAUAA